AUGGGCAACCACGAUUACGAACGCGCAGCGUCAAGCGACCACUCAGACAAUGGGGAUGCUGUAUCAUUGCUCGAAAACCACGAAGCGAAAUUGGACAUCGACCUUGAAGAACAGAAACACGAGAAACCGAAGAGACCGUCCAGCAGUCUCAUGAUGUGGAUAGCUAUCAACGUCCUUGCAACGAUUGGCAUUGUCUUCACCAACAAACGCAUUUUCUCUGACCCCUCCCUUAGAGGAGCACAACUUUCGUUCGCAUGCUUCCACUUCUUUGUCACUUUUGCGACUUUGCACGUGGUGUCCAGUCCCCGGUUCGGCUACUUCGAGCGACGUAAGACUACUGUCAAAGAGAUUCUACCAUUAGGCGCAGCUAUGUGCUUCAACGUGGUUCUACCCAAUCUCUCCCUCGCAUUCUCAUCCGUUAUGUUCUACCAGACUAGUCGUAUCCUCCUCACACCCAUCACGGCCAUUCUCAAUUCCACCUUCUAUGGCAAAACAAUUUCAAGACAGGCAGCAUAUACUUUGAUUCCUGUCUGUGUGGGCGUCGGUAUCGUUUCUUACUACGAUGUCAAGCCUGGAGCUAGCACCCAGAGUACUAGCUUCCUAGGCGUCGUGUUCGCGAUGACCGGCGUGGUUGCCAGCUCAGUCUAUACUGUUUGGAUUGGAUUUUUCCACAAGAAACUGGAACUGACCAGUCACCAGCUCUUACAUAACCAGAGUCUCUGUGGUGCUGUAACACUGCUUUACUUUAUUCCAUUCAUUGACACGUUUCCGGUCUGGUCUGAAGUGCCAAUUAGUCGAUGGAUUUUGAUCCUCUUCAGCGGACUCUGUGCCUCUGCAAUUAACCUGUCGCAAUUUGUCAUCAUUGAUGGAGCUGGGCCUGUUGCUAGCACUGUGGUUGGCCAUUCAAAGACAUUAUCGAUUGUCGCAUUGGGUUGGAUUACGAGUGGACAUGGUGCUGACGACAAAAGUCUUUUUGGCGUUGUCAUCGCAGUAGGAGGCAUUGUGUUGUAUUCUGUCGCUACAACCCUCUUCAAAUAG